AUGGGACGAAUCGGGGCAGUUUAUUAUCAGCAGGGAAAUCUCGAUAAAGCGAAAACGAUAUUUGAAGGAUUAGUCGAAUUAGACCCGGACAGCGCAGAGGCACAAUCGGCUCUUGGAGCGUUGCUGACACUAAAGCAAGAGGACGAAAAGGCGAUUGAACAUUUGAAAGCCGCCGUUGCGCUGAACCCGCGUCAAAUCGCGCCGUAUGUAAAUUUGGGCGAAAUUUUCAUCCGGCAGCAGCGUUUGGAAGAAGCGGUAGAAAACUUGAAAAAAGCCAUCGAACUCGAUCCGAACGAACGCGAUUCAGGAGCGAACCGUGCGAGAGCAAUGGUU